AUGACUCAAAUACUUGAACGAUAUAUAUUAUUGAGAGAUCUACUGGCAUGGGCAUCUUUGGUUGUGUUAAUUGAAAAGCCAGAUGACUCCUUGAACAAAGCUUUUGUGGCUCAAUUCGUUAGACCUUUUUGGCAGACAUUGGCUAAUUGA